CUGAAUUCUGAGCCAUUAUUAUGCAAGUUUUCUGAUUUUUCUCUAUGAAGAUUAUUCAUAACGUUGAAUCUCGAGUCAUUAGAUUACUUUGGAAACUUUGCUGGUUCUUCUACCAAGAGAUUCUUGGUAUCAGAAGGUUAUUGUAUGGAUCUAAAACCUGAAAAUUUCUUGUUCUGAGAGAAAAACGGCGUAGAACUGUUAGAACCGAAAUUUAAGAGCCUGGAAUAAACAAAAAAUUAGAAAAAAUAAUAAUUAAAAAAAAAAAAAAUCAGCAGAAAAAGAGAAAUAAGUGAAAAUUAUACCUGAUUUUUUCCCAAUAAAUUUUGACAUUUUGUCAAAAUUGACCAAACCGUGACAUCAGAAAAAACCAUAAAUUGAAUCAUCUACAAUUUCAUUUUCAAUGCUCUCAGUCUUCAGAAACUAAAAAAAAAAAAACUUAUUUUGAACCAGGAACAAUGAACUCACCAAUAUACAUAGAAGAAGAACUGGGAAGAAAAUGGGAUAGAUGUUUAUCGGACUCUGUUAUUAAGCUGGGAAGUGGCGUAAUAUUGGGUGCAGUGUUUUCACUGUUAUUUUUCAAAAGGAGGAGUUGGCCCCUUUUAAUGGGAGGCGGUUUCGGUAUCGGAAUGGCUUACGCCAACUGUGAACAAGACUUGAAUGCCACAGUCCGUAGCUGUCUACCAUCACCAUCGGCGGCAGAAGAAAAAAAAUGAAUUAAGGGUGAAAAAAAAAACAAAAAUCAGAUAGGGACUAUAUUUUGUAUUGAAAAUCACACUUGUUACCUAUGCGUAUUAUUUGAUACUAAUAAAAUGGAUAAAUAAAAUUGGGUAUUUUUUUGUUAAGCAAAAGGAACAAUACAGCAAGUUGCAGUUCAAUCUAUGUAGUAGGUAUCUACAG